GCCACCUCUCAGGUCCGGAGGCUCGUGGCGUCACAGGCUCUCGACAUGUCAAUGCUGGCUGAGCGUCGGCGGAAGCAGAAGUGGGCUGUGGAUCCGAGAAACACUGCCUGGAGCAAUGAUGAUUCCAAGUUUGGCCAGAGGAUGCUAGAGAAGAUGGGGUGGUCUAAAGGAAAGGGUUUAGGGGCUCAGGAGCAAGGAGCCACAGAUCAUAUUAAAGUUCAAGUUAAAAAUAACCACCUGGGACUUGGAGCUACAAUCAAUAAUGAAGAUAACUGGAUUGCUCAUCAGGAUGAUUUUAACCAGCUUCUGGCUGAGCUGAACACUUGCCAUGGGCAAGAAACAGCAGACUCCUCAGACAACAAAGAAAAGAAAACUUUCAGCCUUGAAGAAAAGUCCAAGAUCUCCAAAAACCGUGUUCAUUAUAUGAAAUUCACAAAAGGGAAGGAUCUAUCAUCUCGGAGCAAAACAGAUCUUGACUGCAUUUUUGGGAAAAGACAGAGUAAGAAGACUCCUGAGUAUUGGCCUGAAAUUAUAUUUGGCAUUGCCAAGGUAAAGGUGCUGCUGGAGGUCAAAUACCUAAAGAAUCUUAGACACCAUGGCAGUGUUGAAUGUUGA